AUGUCCAAGCCAACACGUACCCCCGUCAGCACUAAAGGUGCACCCGUCCCACCCCCAAUCCUCUCCCAAGGUAUGGUCGUGGGUAACAUGGUUUACUGCUCCGGCCAGUUGGGAGUAGACCCAACCACGGGUAAAAUGGUGGAGGGAACCAUCCAGGACCGAACACGACAAAUUCUACGCAACCUGAACGCCGUCCUAGAGGCUGCAGGGUCGAGUCUCCAAGACGCAAUCAAGGUCAACAUCUUCCUCACUGAUAUGGCUGAUUUCUCGGCUGUGAACGAAGUCUACGCUACUUUCUUCUCAGAUCCCAAGCCGGUGCGUACUUGCAUUGCCGUAAAGUCCCUCCCUCAGGGAUCAGAUGUGGAAAUCGAGUGUUCUGGCCUGGUUACCAAGGCUGGCAAUGGACGCAGUUCUAGACUUUAA